UUCUUCCAUCCACUGCCAUUUUUUGGUUACGCAGUGCAAUUUUUAGCAAAUAUUUCAAUUAAAUUCUAUAAUUUUAACUUAAAAUCGUAUUAAUAACAAAUUUAAAAUGAAUAAUUUAACGAAGCAGUUAACGCGUCUCUCGGUUACGCCAUUGAAUUUGUUAAAAACCAAUAAAUUAGUAAAUUUAGGAGCACCAAUAGUGGCGGCUGGUUUGCACACGACUUCUAGUGUGUCAGCUCGUUAUAAUAAACACCAUACAGGACCACAGAAAUGGUUGCAAUACAAUAAAGUUGUACAUCCGCCACAGAAACCCGAAGAAGAGCCAAGAAAAGCGUACGUCUGUCAUAUGCGCACCAAUAUCAAAUAUAGUCCCGAUAAAAUGUGGUAUAUUGCCUCCUUUGUGAGAGGCAUGUCUGUCGAUGAGGCUUUGAAACAGCUUAGUUUUGUUUUAAAGAAAGGAGCUGUCGAUGUUAAGGAAGUCAUACAAGAAGCUAUGGAAUUGGCCCAAAAAAGUCAUAAUGUCGAAUACAAAAGCAACUUAUGGAUUGCUGAAUCAUUUGUGGGCAAAGGACGCGUUUUCAAAGGCUUCAGACGUCAUGGUCGUGGACGUUAUGGUUCUGUAGAAUAUAAAUAUUGUCAUUACUUUGUGCGCCUAGAAGAAGGUCAACCACCAAAGAAUUACUAUUUACCUAAUCCCCAAACACCUUCGGAACAAUUUGAAAAUUGGUUGGAACAAAUGCGUAAGCGCAAGGUUAUCAAUUCGUUAUAAAGUGUUUUAAUUUGAAAAUUUUGUUAAAAAUAAAAAUGUUGAUUUGUUAAAAUCAUUUAAA